AUGGGUCCGGAGGAGACAACGGGAGUUGGGGAUCGGAUCUCAGCGCUCAAACGGAAAGUGGAGAAGAUUAAGAGCUUUCUAGUUAAGAUGGAGAAAUUCCUAGAUGACAAAGAUCGCCUAGAGAAACAGAAUCUCGGUGGAAAAGAGAAGGAGGAGUCGAGUGUUCUAGAUGAGCUGCAGCAGUACCUGCGAGACGCCAAGGUUACUAAGAACCAGAAGGAGGAAAUUCAAGCCUCAAGAGCGAUCGCGAGCCAUGCCGGAGGAUCUCCGGAGAGUAGUGAUCCGAUUCUGGAGCAGAAUCAGUUGAUGACUUUUCCUGAGGAGAAGAACGGUCGGUCGACACAGAAGACGAAGGUCCCUGUGUUUGUAUCGGAGAAAGUAGCGGACGAAAGAGGUAUGCCUAUAUCCGUAGAAAAUCUGUUAUCAGAAGAACAAUUGGGUGACCAAAAAGAGGCAGAUGCUGAGAGGACUAAACCUGCCUGCCAACUGUUUGAUCAAAUGAUUGUGAGAGGAAAAGUGGUAACGAAUAAGAGAAAGAAGAAGAGAUGGAAGGCAUCUCUGGAGAUUCAGGAGGGAUUAGAGAAACAUUUGAGUUCUGAAGAGAAAGAGAGGACAUCUCCUAGCUGGAUAGAGGUCAGAAAUAGGUUUGGCGCUAAGGGAAAAAAGAGAGUUGUCAACCAGGAUAUGUAUGCCUGCCAGGUGCUCGAUAAAACGUCCAUGGUACAGAAAAGGGCAACGAGAAAGAAGAAGAAGAAGUUCACAAAGGUUAAGAGGUCUAAAUACAAAUGUGGAAAAGUGAAUCAGGAGGAGUACAAGUUCAGAAGGCAAAACAACAAGAGUUUAAUGAAACAAUGUAAGCUAGUGAACUAUCUUGUUUCUUACAUCCACCAAAUCUUUGGAACAAGGUUUAGGAGGAGGAUUACAAAGAAAAGGAAGAAGAGAACAAGGCUGGAGGAGCAUGAGAGAGAGGUAAUCAAGCAUGAGCUGGUGUUUGCAAAGCUGUUCUGGGGACAUAAGGCAGUUUUGAAGAAGCUUGCAAGGUGGAAGAAGCAUAAAUUCAAACAGAACACACAACGAGCAGAAGGAAGAGAUCAAGGCAACGUUGUUGAGACAACAGAUUGUAAACCUUUGGAACCCUAA